AUGAUCAGCGAGGUAUCGCUACAACAAGAAGCAGUCAUGCCAUGCGAUCGGACCAAGCACCCAGGAGACAGCAUCUGCGCCUCUGAACGGGAACACUCGUUCGCUUGGUUCGUGUCGAGGACCAGCCACUGCUUGAAACCAAAGGCCGCACAUUCUUCCACCCCCGUCACCACAAUUUACCAUGGAUCUGGAGGUGUUGAAGGAGCUGCAUGGGUCCCUCCGUGCGGCAAUGUCGAAAUUGCAAGAGAGGAUUUAGCAGCUCAUCGGCGAAAGGAAGAUUGUGCGCUGCAGCUACACGGUGUUCAGCUCAUCAGCAGGCUACAAACCAUGCAGAGGCAUGGUUGGCAACGUGGGAGCACGCUGGAAAGCAUGUCGCAGUUCCAGCAAUCUGCCACAUGA